GGAGGAGAGGCCCCCGGACCGCUCGCGGCAGCUGGGGAGGGGGCCGCGGAGCCGGAGCGCGAGAAACAGCUGAUCCGAUUUCCCUUAAAGCGAGAGAAAAUGGAAGCCGGGUAGCGGCGACUGCGGCGCUGCAGGCUGGCGGAGCGCGGCGGCGCGGCUCGGCAGAGUUCUCAGGGGCUGUGGUCUCACACCAUCCACUGGGGCAACAAUGGGCCAUUUCCAGCAGGGACGGUGCCGUGUUGCCCCGGGUGCCUGACUGCCACCCACCUGCAGAGAAUCUCAGUGUCUGAAAAGUGGCAGUGACCAAAGAAGAGGCUCUCCUGGCCGAGGCCCUGGUACAUGGAGAGAAGGAAGACAGCAAUCUCCUAAUUGGAACCAUAUACAUUAGAUGGAUGGUUUCUAGCCUGCUUCCAAACCCCACCUCGGCUGAGUGUUGGGCGGCCCUUCUACACGAUCCUAUGACUCUUGAUAUGGACGCAGUCCUGUCAGACUUUGUUCGGUCCACGGGGGCAGAACCUGGUCUGGCCAGAGACCUGCUGGAAGGCAAAAACUGGGACCUGACGGCCGCUCUGAGUGACUAUGAGCAGCUCCGACAGGUGCACACAGCCAACCUGCCACCUGUGUUCAACGAGGGCAGGUGCCCCAAGCAGCCCGAGCGAGAGCCGCCCCCGCCCGGGCACACAGCUGAGCGGCCCUGCCUACCCAGGCAGGACGACAUCGCCCAAGAGAAGCGGCUCUCGCGCGGGAUCUCCCACGCCAGCUCGGCCAUCGUGUCCCUGGCGCGGUCCCACGUGGCGAGCGAGUGCAGCAGUGAGCAGUUUCCACUGGAGAUGCCCAUCUACACGUUCCAACUGCCGGACCUGAGCGUGUACAGCGAGGACUUCCGGAGCUUCGUGGAGCGGGACUUGAUCGAGCAGGCGACCAUGGUGGCUCUGGAGCAGGCGGGUCGCCUGAACUGGUGGUCCACCGUGUGCACGAGCUGUAAACGGCUUCUUCCUCUGGCCACGACAGGGGACGGGAACUGCCUUUUACAUGCUGCCUCACUGGGAAUGUGGGGGUUUCACGACCGGGACCUGGUUUUGCGGAAAGCUCUCUACACCAUGAUGAGGACAGGCGCUGAGAGAGAGGCCCUGAAGCGAAGGUGGAGGUGGCAGCAGACACAGCAGAACAAGGAGUCAGGGCUGGUGUACACGGAGGAGGAGUGGGAGCGGGAGUGGACGGAGCUGCUGAAGCUGGCCUCCAGUGAGCCUCGCACGCACGUCAGCAAGAACGGCGGCUCAGGCGGGGGCGUGGACAACGCCGAGGACCCCGUGUACGAGAGUCUGGAGGAGUUCCACGUUUUCGUCCUCGCCCACAUAUUAAGGAGGCCCAUUGUCGUUGUAGCAGAUACGAUGCUGAGGGACUCAGGUGGGGAAGCAUUCGCUCCAAUCCCCUUCGGAGGGAUUUACCUGCCCUUGGAGGUGCCUCCCAACAGAUGCCACUGCUCACCUCUGGUUCUUGCCUACGACCAAGCGCACUUCUCUGCCCUUGUGUCCAUGGAGCAGAGAGACCAGCAGAGAGAACAAGCCGUGAUCCCCCUGACGGAUUCGGAGCACAAGCUGCUGCCUCUGCACUUCGCGGUGGACCCCGGGAAGGACUGGGAGUGGGGGAAAGACGACAACGAUAACGCCCGGCUGGCCCACCUGAUCCUGUCGCUAGAAGCCAAGCUGAACCUUCUGCACAGCUACAUGAACGUGACGUGGAUCCGGAUACCCUCCGAGACCCGGGCCCCUCUGGCGCAGCCCGAGUCCCCUACGGCCUCGGCGGGGGAGGACGUGCAGUCCCUGGCCGACUCGCUGGACUCGGACCGGGACUCGGUGUGCAGCAACUCCAACAGCAACUCCAACGGCAAGAAUGGCAAGGACAAGGAGAAGGAGAAGCAGCGCAAGGAAAAGGACAAGACCCGCGUGGACUCUGUGGCCAACAAGCUGGGCAGCUUCAGCAAGACGCUGGGCAUCAAGCUGAAGAAGAACAUGGGCGGCCUGGGCGGCCUGGUGCACGGCAAGAUGAGCCGCGCCAACUCCGCCAACGGCAAGCACGGAGACGCGCCCGAGCGCGCUAAAGAGAAGAAGGCCAAGGCGCGCAAGGGCAGCAAGGAGGAGUCGGGCGCCUCGGCCAGCACGUCCCCCUCGGAGAAGACCACGCCGUCGCCCACGGACAAGGCGGCAGGCGCGUCGCCGGCCGACAAGGGCGGGGGACCCCGCGGCGACGCCUGGAAGUACAGCACGGACGUGAAGCUGAGCCUCAACAUCCUGCGCGCCGCCAUGCAGGGCGAGCGCAAGUUCAUAUUCGCCGGCCUGCUGCUCACCAGCCACCGGCACCAGUUCCACGAGGAGAUGAUAGGCUACUACCUGACCAGCGCGCAGGAGCGCUUCAGCGCCGAGCAGGAGCAGAGGCGCCGCGAUGCCGCCGCCGCCGCCGCCGCCUCCACGGCCAAGCGGCCGGCGCGCAGGCCGGAGGCCGAGAGCGCGCCAGGCCCCGAGCGCGCCUCGCCAGGCCCGCCGGCCGGGCCGCCCACGCAGCUGGUGCUCAAGCUCAAGGAGCGCCCGAGCCCCGGGCCGGCGGCGGGCGCGCGGGCGGCGCGGGCGGCGGCGGGCGGCGCGGCCUCCCCGGGCACCGGCGGCGGCGCCGCGCGGCGCGCGGGCGCCAGCGGACCGGUCCCCGGCCGCAGCCCCCCAGCGCCAGGGCGCCAGAGCAUCAUCCACGUGCAGGCGGCGGGCGCGCGGGACGAGACGUGCGCCCCGGCCGUGGGCGCGCUGCGGCCGUGCGCCACGUACCCGCAGCAGAACCGCUCGCUGUCGUCGCAGAGCUACAGCCCGGCGCGCACCGCCGCGCUGCGCACGGUCAACACGGUCGAGUCGCUGGCGCGCGCCGUCCCGGGGACCCUGCCCGGCGCGGCGGGGGCGGCGGGCGCGGCCGAGCCCAAGUCGCAGACCUACACCAACGGCUUCGGCGCGGCGCGCGACGGCCUGGAGUUCGCCGACGCCGACGCGCCGGCCGCGCGCUCGAACGGUGAGGGCGGCCGCGGCGGCCCAGGCGCGGGGCCGGCGCAGCGGCGCUGCCAGCGGGAGAACUGCGCGUUCUACGGGCGCGCCGAGACCGAGCAUUACUGCUCGUACUGCUACCGCGAGGAGCUGCGGCGGCGGCGCGAGGCGCGCGCGGCCCGGCCCUGAGCGCGCGCCGCGGCCCCGCAGGCCCGGCUGUGCUCUCCACGCUGCCGGAGUCUCUUCUGCGCCCU